UCAGUGUGCGGUGGCUCGGGCGGAGUCGGUUUUCGGUCGGGAAACGAGCGCAAUCCUUAAUGUAUAAAAUAAAAUAUAAUAAUUCAUUUAGCGGAUUGAAAAGUAACCCACCGCUGGAUGUUACUUCCCCUGGGACGCGUCGUCUGAGGUGUACUUUAAUAGCAGUCACACAGGGUGGAUUUGUUGAGGAGCUGCCGAGAGCUGGAGUUACGGGAAGCGUAGGAAAUUUUGUCGGCCCUCCUUUUCAUGAACCGGCCUCAUGAAACUUACUAAAGUUUGCAUAUCCAAUUCUAUUUCUCUGCAUUCUCGCCCUUCUUAGGUUUGAGUUGCGAGAUCUACAGGAUCAGGCCUCACACAGAUGGGAAGAAAAUGUCUGAAGCACCUUGAAGGUGCACUCAAUCACUGGACUAUUAGUUUCACAUAAUCCACCCAUUAGGACAAACUAUCCAGUGUGGAUGAUGUUUAAGGCUUACAGUCUUUAAUAUAAAAUAUUUUGAUUAACUCUUGCCUCAUCCAAAAAUUGGUUCAAAGAACCUUUGUGAGUGAUCGGCAUUGUUUUUAUAAAAACCAUACCAUCAAGAUGAGUGCAGAAGGAUAUCAGUAUCGAGCACUGUACGACUAUAAAAAAGAAAGAGAGGAGGAUAUCGAUCUGCACGUAGGCGACAUUCUUACCGUCAAUAAGGGUGCACUGCUUGCAGUUGGAUAUACAGAGGGCCUGGAAGAGAGACCCGAUGAAGUAGGAUGGCUACCUGGCUUUAACGAAACCACUCAGGAAAAAGGUGACUUUCCUGGUACGUACGUGGAGUUCAUCGGCAAGAAAAAGAUUUCUCCACCAACUCCUAAACCAAGGCCCCCAAGGCCUCUACCUGUGGUCCCUGGGCCCACCAGGCCAGACUCAGACUCCGAGCAAGGCUCUUGCACUCUGUUAGACCUGACGGAGCAGUUCGCUCCUCCAGAAAUGGGGCCGCCUAUGCUGCUCAAGCUCCUCGAGGCCAUUGAGAGGAAAGGUCUAGACAACCCUACCCUCUACAGAAAUUUCACUGCUGGAGGAGGGCUUGAUGUCCGACAAUGUUUUGAUGGUGACCCGGCGUCAAUGGAUCUUGAGCAGAUGGACCUUCAGAUGUUGUGUGAUGGUCUAAGGAGGUACCUUCAAGAUCUGCCUCAGCCCAUCAUACCCUCUGCCAUCUACAAUGAGAUGAUACGCAUCGCUCAAGAGGUGCAGGGUACAGACGAAUGCUCGCAUCACCUGCGGCUGAUCGCCAGCUCCUCGGCUCUUCCCCCGCAGUAUUGGCUGGCCCUGCAGUGCUUGCUGCGCCACUUUUUGCGCGUGUGCCAGGCCUCAGCGGCCAACCUCCUCAGCGCCCGUGCAAUCGCGGAGAUCUUCAGCCCGGCGCUCUUCAGACAUCAGCCCACCAGCUGUGAGCCCAGUCCUGAGGCACACAUCAGAAUAAUUGAAGUCCUGGUGAGCAGUGAAUGGAGUGACAAUCAGGCGGCUCCAGCACUACCUCCCAAGCCGCCCAAACCAACGCCUGUCACUAACAACGGUAUGAACAACAACAUGGCUCUGCAAGACGCUGAAUGGUACUGGGGGGACAUCUCAAGGCAAGAAGUCAACGAGAAGCUUAGGGACACGGCUGAUGGUACAUUUUUGGUCCGUGAUGCCUCCACUAAAAUGCACGGGGAUUACACUCUCACAUUAAGGAAGGGAGGUAACAACAAGCUCAUCAAAAUCUUCCAUCGUGAUGGGAAGUAUGGCUUUUCAGACCCCCUAACCUUCAACUCCGUGGUGGAGCUGAUCAACCACUAUCGGCACGAAUCCCUCGCACAGUACAACCCUAAACUAGAUGUGAAACUACUGUACCCUGUUUCCAAGCACCAGCAGGAUCAGGUGGUGAAGGAGGACAACAUUGAAGCUGUUGGGAAAAAGUUGCACGAAUACCACCAGCAGUAUCAGGAGAAAAACCGAGAGUACGACCGACUCUACGAAGAAUACACUAGAACGUCACAGGAAAUACAAAUGAAAAGAACAGCUAUCGAAGCCUUCAAUGAGACCAUAAAGAUCUUUGAAGAGCAGUGCCAGACGCAGGAGCGAUACAGCAAGGAAUACAUUGAAAAGUUCAGGAGGGAAGGCAACGAGAAGGAAAUCCAAAGGAUCAUGGUAAAUUAUGAGAAGUUGAAAUCACGCAUCAGUGAAAUCGUGGACAGCAAGCGGCGUCUGGAGGAAGACCUAAAGAAGCAGGCGGCGGACUAUAGAGAGAUCGACAAGCGGAUGAACAGCAUUAAGCCUGACCUCAUCCAGCUCAGGAAGACCAGGGAUCAGUACCUCAUGUGGCUGACACAGAAAGGAGUCAGACAGAAGAAACUCAACGAAUGGCUGGGAAUAAAAAACGAGAACCAGGACGAUCAAUACUCUAUGGUGGAGGAUGACGAAGAUUUGCCGCACCAUGACGAACGCUCCUGGAGGCUGGGCAACAUUAACCGCAUCCAGGCUGAGGCGCUUCUGAGGGGCAAGAGAGAUGGAACAUUCCUGGUCAGGGAUAGCAGCAAAGCUGGCUGUUACGCCUGCAGUGUUGUGGUGGAUGGCGAGGUCAAGCACUGCGUCAUCAACAAGACACCGACGGGAUACGGCUUCGCCGAGCCAUACAACCUUUACGGCUCUCUGAAAGAACUGGUCUUGCACUACCAGCACACAUCCCUGGUUCAGCACAAUGACUCUUUGAAUGUCACGUUAGCAUACCCGGUCUACGCACACCAGAGGCGGUGAGGAUUUGUUGAACACACCCUUGAGACUUAAAUACGGAAGUGUAGAAAGGGCCUCCCCUCGCACGGAGACUCCCUCAGUAGGGCCGCUACAGAGGGCCGAUGCUUUUCGCCUUGAAACGACUAUGUCGGAAAGACAAGGGAGCGAAACCCAAAACAAACAUUUCAGCCACUGAGACUUUCGCCAGUCUGAAUGUAGUUUUCCUUCUUGAGCAGAGACUGCUGGACUUGAGCUCAUUUUCUCCCGAAACGGAGGACUUAGGAGGCCUUUUCCAAAUGGUGCUUGUUCAUUUCAAAGCUUUACCCGCUGCUGGAAUGUUGAACAUUGAACCUCUGGAGUGAAUCUUUUUUACCUCUCUACCCCCUCACCUGCUCAAACCAGGACCCUUUGUGUGUGUGCGUGCGUGUGUGACUACGAGAGAAUGUGAUGUGACCAAAAUUCACAGUAUCUGAAAGCUAUCGGGAUGUUCAACAUGUUGUGUUAAACUUUCACGAACAGACCAUGGAAUCACCUGAUCAGAUGUAGCAAGAUGGCACUUUCGAAAAAGUAUCUACUAGUUUUCCUGUAAGAGACUUUUCUUAUGAACGUUCGAUACGACGCGCCUCGUCUCAGAGGAGCAUGGCGACGAGAAGCGAGCAAGACGCUUGGCAUUUUCAUUGAGAGCAUUAUUGUGACAGACUCUAAAUUCAUUUCUCCUUUACGGACUGGAACUGAAAAGGACUUAAUGUUGUGUGUGUAUAUAUAUUAUAUAUAUACAGACAGCAUCAAAGGCUACGUGAUGAAACCAUAUUGUACCAAAAAAACGCAGCUCCCUCUCAGUUGUAUUCUAAUCUGCUAUGCAAAUUCUGUAUUUUCCGUCGUCUCUGCAGAGUUGUGAUUUUAUUUUACACAUUGCUACCCAUAAUAUAAUGAUAACUCGUUUUUAUUGCUUAAAAGUCUUUUUUAUGUCGGUAUCUAAGAGGAUAUUUUAAGUGUCAAAUCGCCAAGAAAGUUGGCUUGGGUUUUACAGACGAAAUGAGAGAAGAGUACUUUAUUACAUAUUUCUUUAUCAGCCGCCGGUAAAAAUUAAAAGAGUAUUUUAUUAGUCUUUUUCACUCUGAGCUGAUUUUUUCUUGGGCAGAGCCCGGAGAAUAUUAGUGCUGCUUCUGUCUACAGUAAUGGUGAUGAUAUAUCUGAUCAUUUUCAAUAGAGCAAAUGGAAAUAAACUAUGACAUCUGAAAUCUCUGCAAUUGAAUGAUUCAUGUCAAACAAAUACAACACUGCUUUUAUCCUAUCACACAUAUAGAGGUUUAUUUUGUGAUAUCUGUUCCAUAAACACGAGCAAAGUGAUUUGAUCCUCUGGAGUGAAGAGAAAACUGGUAAAAGAUUGAUUUUGCUGAUGAACACCCUCUCAUUCCUUAUCAACAUAGUAUUUUUCUGUAUCAGAAAAUCCUUAAGCGUUUACAUGGAUCAGCUGCGUUCCACUAGUACCCAACGUUCUAGUCUAAUUCUGUUAUUUAGAAAAUACGGUCGAUACAAAUUUAGGAGAACCUGCAAGCUUUACAAUUUUCAUGGCUAGCUACUUUAUGAUUGGUAAAGUCAGUAUUGCUUUUGCCUUCUGCUUUUGUGUACAUUGCGGUUACACUUGGCAAAUGCAUUUGAUAUUUUGCAUAAAUAAACAUCGAUGUUGACACCAGUAA